AAAACCUAUUUCAUCACGGACUCCAUAUACUUUGUCUUAAAACUAUAAUAACGAGACAUCACGUAACGGUACCGCAAUGCCAUUGAAGUUCAUUGAAUAACUUUUCGAUCGAGUGACCCGGAAAAAAGGUUAAUUGGGGGACCCUGUCGUAUUUGCGCACUGAUUGGUUGUAACCGUCCGCAAUUAUUUAUCACUAGGUUACUUUACUGGGCUCGUCACGAGCCUAUACAUAUACAUACACCUCUCUCUCUCCCUCUCUCUCUCUCUCUCUCCCCUCUGUUGUUGAAGGUAGCAGGAGCAAGAUGUGUGGGGGUGCUAUAAUCUCCGACUACGUCGCCAACCCAAGCGGCCGGAGACCGUCGAUCGAUGACCUCUGGUCGGAGCUGGACUCAUUCUCCGAUUUCUCCGGUGAUCGGAACUGCGAUGGCGUUAAAGACCGGUCGAGCCAAUCCAUUAGCCGGAAGACUACAAAUCCCAAGCCAAACAGUCUCGACAAAAAAGGGACGAGCGAGAAGACCAGUCCGGGGACGAGUCAGAAGACUCGGAAGAACAUGUACAGAGGAAUAAGGCAGAGGCCAUGGGGGAAAUGGGCGGCCGAAAUUCGUGACCCACAGAAGGGAGUUCGAGUCUGGCUCGGAACCUACAACACGGCGGAGGAAGCCGCCCGAGCCUACGACGAAGCCGCCAUUCGUAUCCGCGGCGACAAGGCCAAGCUCAACUUUGCUCCACCAUCACCCCCAACACCGCCGCUAUCGCCACCUGCCAAGCGUCGUUGUGUCGUCCCCGACUCGACUCAAGUAGGUACGGAGUCCACCGAGCCGACUCAGGUUAUGGGUACUGGUGCACCGGAUCAGCAGCUUUACUACCCAAGUCCAGUUCCUGCCAUGGCUGAUGAACUUGAGUUGAAAGAUCAGAUUUCCAACUUGGAAUCGUUCUUGGGUUUGGAGUCUGAGUUAACUCAGUUUAACGGACUCAGCGAGUCGGAAUCCCUUGACUUAUGGUUGAUGGACGACAUCUCAAUGACUCAGUAUCAUCAGACUGGUCGCCAGCUCUACUGAACUUGAAGUAGCCUAUGUUUCUAGUGUUUUUCUACUAAUGUGUAUUUUGUGUUAUGAAUGCUACAUAUGCUUUGUUGCAUCAUAUAUGAAUACAAUAUUUAAAUAAA